GAUAAAUUUAGAGUUAAGAAGGAAAUAUCACUUGAAGAAUUCUACUAAUAAAUGCCUAUAUUUAAUAUCAAAAAGAUAGAGGAUUAAAUUAAUUAGAUUCUAGAUCAAAUCUUAACAAAGAAUGAUGAUUCUAAGGAUUAUUUUAUAGCAUUAAAGCUGAAGAAACUCUAUUCUAUUUUCAGAUUAACAGGAGUAUUAGGACAAAUUAGAUUAGCAGGUGAAGAUCUGACAGAUGUAAUAAUUCUAUUCUAUUUAUAAGAUUAACAAAAUCAAACCAAUGAUUAAAAAUAUAUUUAAAGAAAUCUCCCUUUUAAAUGCCAAUGGACAAGCAGCUGAUAUGAUUAUUAUUGCUAAUUUCCAAACUUAAUCAUAGUAUGAUUUAGUGAAUGACCUAAUCAACCAGUAUAAAGUCUAGAAUGUUGAAAUUGUACCUUUGUUGGAAACCUUUUCUUCAACUAACAACACUGAUUCUAAAAUAACUAUGAUUGCAAGUAGUGACACAAGAUAAAGAGAUGGAUUAAUCUUGACUGAACUUAGAAAUAUGAGAGAAUAUAAAAGAAAUCCUGAAAAGUAUAUAUAUAUGGGGUAAGGUAUAACACCAGAAAGAGGAGGUGGACCAUAUACAUUAAUUCAUACAAAAUAUUAAGCUUUAACAAGAGCAUAACGCAAAAGACAUAUUAGAACUAUCUAAGGUCACUAUUUCACUUCAGAAUUUGCUAGUGAAGAUGUUGCUUUUACUUUUUUGUUAUAUGGCCUUUCCAACAUUAAUUAUAGUGAUGAUUUUGAACCUACUUAUGAGUAUAUGGACUUUUUGUUUGAAUUAGGUAAAUAAUAUGGUUAAAUGUAGAUAAUGUAAUUGGAGUUCCAUAAAGAGCCAUGUAAAAGGCUAAGGAAUAUAAUGACUUGUAUGUGAAAAAUUAAGUUGUCAGGACUAUGGUGGAAUCAUUCAAUUUUGCAGGAAGUCGAGAGAUUGCUAGACCCUUUGAAAACAUUAAAAAUCAGAGGGCUAUUGUUCAAGCCUAUUGUAAUAGUGAUAGAUGCUCCUUUACUCAUCCAGAAUUAGCUUAUUGGGAUAGGGUUCCAGAAGAAUUGAUCAACAAAAUUGCAACAUAUUAUUAUAAUAAUCAUCCUCAUAUGAAAUACAUGCUUUAUAUGUAUGCUUUGAUGGUUAGAAGAUGUGACUUAGAUUUUGCAAAAUAAGAAGUAGGAUUGGACUCCACAAAUCCUUAUUUUUAAGCUAUGUAAAAAGGAAGAGCAGCUUUAAUGAAAAUUUUAGAUCAAUUAGGUUUAGGUGACAAUAGUACUCCUAUGAUUGCUAUUUGGAAAUAACAUUUAGGAUGUUAAUUGUAAUCAAUGGAUAUGGAAGUCAAUUAAAAGUUUUCAACAUUUAGAACCUUGAAUUAAUUGCAAUUGUAUUAAGCAAAGAAAAUAGUCAAACAUGGAAUUUUAGAAACUGACAUGGUGGCCAGUUAAAGAAAAUUGAGAAUUUUGUAAUCUACAUUAGCAAAUAUGACAUCAUUUGCUGGAAAAGGUUGA